AUGUUUGAUUCAGAGAAGCCUCAUCCCAUACUGGCGCAGAUCCCGCUGACGGUCUCCCCGUUCAUCUCUCUGCCCACGGCGACUACUCUGCCGUAUACGUACAAGUCGAUACCUUCUUCUCUCCCGCCGUCUGUGACAGUCGAUGCCGGCGGCUCAGAGAAGCCUAAGUACGUCGUUUCGUCCAGUGGCCAUGCUGCUCACCCGUCUGACAUACUCGCAACCUGUCGGGCACUGGCAGACCACAUGAAGAAGAGACAGUCAGACGGAGAGGCAGCCAUACGGGAGUGGGAAGAGUCUAUCAGACAACGGGACCUUGCUGAGAAGCGUCGAGUUGCUCCCGGAUGGCUGGACCGGGAGGAGAAGUUGCUACAGCCUACUCAUGUAUCCGGACACGCUGCUUCAGCCGGGGGAUCCCAGAGCCUCCUUGAUCGGUCGUUGACAGAACAGGUGAAUAAAGAUACCGCGCCGGCCAUGGAGCCGAGAAGUGAUGGUGUCGAGCUGGAUCGUGCUUUUGGCGGGCUUGGACUGAAAUAA